AUGGCCGCUCAAGACAGCAAAGCCUCUCAGGACGUCUGGCUCUUACCAUUGACUGACGAUGGUGCCCCGGAAGUUCCCUCAGGCUACAUCUACCUACCACCGCCAACAGAUCCCGCCUACCUCCUCCGCUUCGAGCUCGAGGGCACCAGCUCCAUUUGCAGACAGGGAAACCUCUGGGUGAACAUACCUGCUCCUGGGGAUCCCUUUCGCCGUGAUCAAUACCGAAGAUAUGAGCUUCAUCCGGAUUUCAAUGGGACGCUCAGGAUUGACAUCCCCAUCUGCCAGGCUGGUGCUUUUGCCUUUUACACAACCUACACCCCUCUCCCAGACUUCUCCACGGACGACCUUUCAGUCCCAAAACCUACGCAGACUCCUACCCACUACAUUGACGUCUCGCCCAAGCUCACUCUGGGUAACACACUUCUGCCAUUGGAUUCGCUUUCAAUUUUCUCCGUCGUUUCCAAAUUCAUGGGCCAAUAUCCAGAUGACUGGGAAAAGCACCUUAAUGGAAUUGGGCAGCGGGAGUACAACAUGGUCCAUUUUACGCCGUUGAUGGAAAGAGGAGAUUCCAAUUCACCUUACAGCAUAUACGAUCAAUUGACCUUCGAUCCUCUGUGCUUUCCAAGAGGUGAAGAGGAUGUUGCAACGAUGAUAGCAAGGAUGGAGAAAGAGCAUGGUCUACUGGGUUUGACAGACGUCGUCUGGAACCAUACAGCCAAUAAUAGCAAAUGGCUCGAAGCACAUCCAGAAGCAGGAUACAACAUUGAGACUGCUCCGUGGCUCGAGUCUGCUCUGGAACUCGACGAUGCUUUGCUGAAAUUUGGGAACGAGCUCCAAAGCUACAAUUUGCCCACCACGCUGAAAAGAAUGGAUGACCUCGACGAAGUGAUAGCAGGAGUCAAUAAACAUGUCGUCGACCCUCUCAAGCUCUGGCAGUACUACGUGGUCGAUGUGACCCGUGAUAUCGAGAAGACCGUGACUGCUUGGUCGCAAGGAAAGAUUUCCGUUCCGGAAAGCUUCAGCUCUGAUGUGGGCGGUCUGGAGGGUGUCAAAGACUGGUCACUAAAGCAGAAGGCCGAUUUCCUGCGAGCAAAUGGCUUCGUUGGAGCCGAUAGCCUAGAGUCACGUUUUCACCGCAGUAUUGAUGCUCGGUACGGUGCUGCCUUGUUGACAGUGCUUCACGGGCGCUACGAGGUGGGCAAUUCAGACAAGAACGGAGCCAUCGAGGCAAUGACAGACAUCCUCAACGAGCUCAAUGAGCCGUUCUAUAAACAGUACGAUACAGACGUUGAGGUGAUUCAACAGCAAAUACGUGAUCGCGUCAGGUACCUUCGGUUGGAUGACAAUGGUCCCAAGCUAGGCGCCAUCGGUCCCAAAAGUGCUUUCAUUGAGUCCUAUUUCACAAGACUUCCCUCAAAUGCCACGACCAAGAAGCAUAAUUCUCGAAGCUUAUCCUUGGUCAACAAUGGCUGGAUCUGGGCUGCCAAUGCUUUGAAGGACCACGCCGGGCCUGAUUCUCGGGCUUACCUUCGCCGAGAGGUCAUUGUUUGGGGAGACUGUGUCAAAUUGCGCUACGGCAAGUCACCAGAAGACAACCCGUUCUUGUGGGAUUUUAUGACUAAGUACACUCGACUGAUGGCCAAGUACUUUGCUGGCUUCCGCAUCGAUAAUUGCCAUUCGACGCCAUUGGUCGUCGCUGAAUACCUCCUGGAUCAAGCACGGGCAGUCAGACCAAAUUUAGCAGUCUUUGCAGAGCUGUUCACAGGGUCCGAGGAAAUGGAUUACGUUUUCGUCAAACGAUUGUGUCUUAGUGCUCUUAUUCGAGAGGCCAUGCAAGCUUGGAGCACGCAAGAAGUCAGUCGACUAGUACACAUGCAUGGUGGCAGACCCAUUGGUAGCUUCGAAGUUGAUGAGGUACUCAAGAGCAACGAGGAAAACCGGGCAGCCAAGAAUACGAACGGUAUCCACGACUCUAUGCGCACCAUGAGUUUGAAGCCACAGCGUGUCCACCGAAUCAAAAGAAGUCCUCUUCAUGCACUAUUCAUGGACUGCACUCAUGACAAUGAGGUCCCUGCUCAGAAGCGUGAUGCAAGAGAUACGCUCCCCAACGCGGCUCUUGUUAACAUGUGUGCUUCUGCUACUGGCAGUGUGAUGGGUUAUGACGAGGUCUACCCAAAACUACUCGACAUUGUUCACGAAAGGCGGCUCUACUCGUCGCCGUCUUCGGAAGGCUCGGUCAAGAUUGAGGGUGGUUCUGAUGGCAUUGGGGGCAUUAAGAAGUUGAUGAACCGGCUGCAUACAAUGAUGAGCAAAGAUGGCUAUGAUGAGACCUUCGUCCAUCAUGAAGGCGAAUAUAUCACCGUCCAUCGCGUACACCCACAAACAAGGAAAGGAGUUUUUGCAAUUUCACAUACUGCUUUCCCGGGUUACGGCAGUGGUCAUGGAUCGUUGACGCCAGUGCAUCUCAGCGGCACCAAAGCUAAGCUCUUGGGAAGUUGGUCACUCGAGGUCGACACGUCUGAAAGCACCAAAAAGGCUGUCCUUACAGAAAAGGAUAUCCUCAGAGGUCUACCCAGUAGGGUAUCCGACUUCCAAGACGUGGCCAUUGAAGCAAAGGCUGAUGAGACUGUGAUCACUGUUCCUGCUGCAUUUGCACCCGGCAGCAUAGCCUUAUUUGAAACUUGGAUGCCUGGCGCUGAGCACUCCGAAGGUUUGGACAAUUUUAUUACUUCUGGAGCCGACGAGGCUUUCCGCGAGCUGGAUCUGGUCGACCUCAACUUUGUGCUGUAUAGAUGUGAGCCUGAAGAGCAUGACUUCCUUGGCGGCAAUGGUGGUGUCUACAGGAUUCCGAACUGCGGUCCUCUGGUAUAUGCUGGCUUACAAGGCUGGUGGAGCAUACUCAAGGACGUCAUCCGAAACAACGAUCUUGGUCAUCCGUUGUGUAAUCAUCUGCGAGAAGGGCAAUGGGCACUGGACUGGACAGUCAGCAGACUUGAACGUUUAGCAAAGACUGGGAAAAGGUCUUCGCUACAAAGUGCUGCCACAUGGUUUGCACAACGGUUUGAUGCAAUCAGAAAGCUUCCAAGCUUCCUGUUGCCCAGAUACUUCGCCUUGGUCAUUCAGACCGCUUAUCGGGCUUCUUGGGAUCGAGGCAUCGAACUCAUGAGUGACGACAUCCGGCACGGUCAGGAGUUCCUUCAGAGUCUGGCCAUGGUCAGCAUACAGCAGACUGGUUACACCAAAUCAGCCUCAUUGUACCCUAACAAAAGUGUUCCGUGUCUGGCAGCUGGUCUGCCGCACUUCUCGCACAGCUGGGCGCGCUGCUGGGGCCGCGAUGUCUUCAUCUCCCUCCGUGGGCUGUUCCUCGCUACUGGUAGGUACGCGGACGCUCGAGAGCAUAUCAUGGCCUUUGCUAGUGUCCUUAAGCAUGGCAUGAUACCAAACCUUCUAAGUGACGGGAAAGCCCCUCGCUAUAAUUCAAGAGACUCGAUUUGGUUCUUUCUGCAAAACAUCCAGGACUACACAAACAUGGUGCCUAACGGACGUGACAUUCUCAAAGAGAAAGUCGCGAGACGCUUCUUGCCCUAUGACGAUACAUAUUUCGAAUUUGACGACUCUCGCGCGUACUCUAGGGAGUCCACUAUCGAAGAUAUUGUCCAAGAAGCCUUGCAAAGACAUGCUAGUGGCCUAUCAUUUCGAGAAGCCAAUGCUGGACCUGGUUUAGAUAUGCAGAUGCAGUCCGAGGGAUUUCAGAUUGACGUCAAUGUGGACUGGGAGACAGGACUGAUCUUUGGAGGGAAUCAAUUUAAUUGCGGUACAUGGAUGGACAAGAUGGGAGAAAGCGAAAAAGCUGGAAGCAAAGGCGUGCCAGGUACACCAAGAGAUGGCGCUGCUAUUGAGAUCACUGGCCUUGCUUUCAGCACUUUGAGCUGGGUUGCCCAUCUACACAGUGAGGGCAAGUAUAAACUCAGCGGUGUCAAAACAGCCGGUGGUCAGAGCAUCUUGUACGCGGAGUGGGCUUCAAAGAUUCAGCACAACUUCGAGCGCUGCUACUACAUUCCCACAGACUCCAACGAAGACGAAAAGUACGAUGUCAACUCCGCCAUCGUCAACCGCCGAGGCAUUUACAAAGACCUCUACAAGUCUGGGAAAGAUUACGAGGAUUACCAGCUUCGAGCGAACUUUCCUAUUGCUAUGACCGUCGCCCCUCAACUUUUCACUCCUACAAAAGCUCUACAUGCCUUGGAAAUGGCUGACACGAUCCUACGCGGCCCGACUGGCAUGGCUACCCUCGACCCCUCGGAUCUCAACUAUCGACCGUAUUAUAAUAAUUCAGAAGACUCGACUGACUUUCGCACCUCCAAAGGUCGCAAUUAUCACCAAGGGCCUGAAUGGUUAUGGCCCACGGGCUUCUUCUUGCGUGCUCUUUUGAAAUUCGACUUGAUGCGGAGGCACACGAAGGAGGAAAGGACAGAGGCCUUCCAGCAGAUCACGAGGAGGUUACACGGUUGCAAGAAAGCUAUCCAGGAAUCGCCAUGGGCUGGAUUGACGGAGUUGACGAACAAGAACGGGGAUAUCUGUGGGGACUCGUCACCAACUCAAGCCUGGUCCGCUGGGUGCAUUAUAGAUUUGUUCUAUGAUGCCAGGGAAUUGACCGCAGAAUCCUAA